UGAGGCUGAACGGGGCCCCACACAGGCCGCGGCGGCUGGCUCGGGCCCCUAAGGUCCCAGCAGCGGCUGGAGGAGGAAGCCAAGCGGCUGAGGAGAAGGGGAGGCGGAGGAGGCCGAGGUGGAGCGCCACUCGCGGAAAACUCUCUUCCCCGGCUCAGCAGGGAAAGGUUCCUAGGAGGCGAGUGUGGACGGUAUGCAAAGUUGUGAAUCCAGUGGCGACAGUGCGGAUGACCCUCUCAGUCGUGGCCUGCGGAGAAGGGGACAGCCUCGUGUGGUGGUGAUCGGUGCUGGCUUGGCUGGCCUGGCUGCGGCCAAAGCACUUCUGGAGCAGGGCUUUACAGAUGUCACUGUGCUUGAGGCGUCCAGCCGCAUCGGGGGCCGUGUACAGAGUGUGAAACUUGGACACGCUACCUUUGAGCUGGGAGCCACGUGGAUCCAUGGCUCCCACGGGAAUCCUGUCUAUCAUCUAGCAGAAGCCAAUGGCCUCCUGGAAGAGACGACUGAUGGAGAGCGCAGUGUGGGCCGCAUCAGCCUGUACUCCAAGAAUGGCGUGGCCUGCUACCUCACCAACCGUGGCUGCAGGAUCCCCAAGGAUGUGGUUGAGGAAUUCAGUGAUUUAUACAACGAGGUCUAUAACUUGACCCAGGAGUUCUUCCGGCAUGGUAAACCAGUUAACGCUGAGAGUCAGAACAGCGUGGGGGUGUUCACCCGAGAGGAGGUGCGCAACCGCAUCAGGGAUGACCCUGAUGAUCCAGAGGCCACCAAGCGCCUGAAACUCGCCAUGAUCCAACAGUACCUGAAGGUGGAAAGCUGUGAGAGUAGCUCGCACAGCAUGGAUGAGGUGUCCCUGAGCGCCUUUGGGGAAUGGACUGAGAUUCCUGGUGCCCACCACGUCAUCCCCUCGGGCUUCAUGCGGGUUGUGGAGCUGCUGGCUGAGGGCCUCCCAGCCCACGUCAUCCAGCUGGGGAAACCCGUCCGUUGUGUUCACUGGGACCAGGCCUCAUCCCGCCCUCGGGGCCCUGAGAUUGAGCCCCGGGAUGAGGGUGACCAUAAUCAUGAUGCCGGGGAGGGCAGUCAGGGUGGAGAGGAGCCCCGGGAGGAGAGGCAGGAUGAGGAUGAGCAGUGGCCAGUGGUGGUGGAGUGCGAGGACUGCGAGGUGAUCCCGGCAGACCAUGUGAUCGUGACCGUGUCACUGGGCGUGCUCAAGAGGCAGCAUGCCAGCUUCUUUCGGCCAGGCCUGCCCGCCGAGAAGGUGGCUGCCAUCCACCGACUGGGCAUCGGCACCACUGACAAGAUCUUUCUAGAAUUCGAGGAGCCCUUCUGGGGCCCUGAGUGCAACAGCCUACGGUUUGUGUGGGAGGACGAGGCGGAGAGCUGCACGCUCACCUACCCGCCCGAGCUUUGGUACCGCAAGAUCUGUGGCUUUGAUGUCCUCUACCCUCCUGAGCGCUAUGGCCAUGUGCUGAGUGGCUGGAUCUGUGGGGAGGAGGCCCUUGUCAUGGAGAAGUGUGAUGACGAGGCAGUGGCCGAGAUCUGCACAGAGAUGCUGCGGCAGUUCACAGGGAACCCCAAUAUCCCAAAGCCUCGGCGAAUCCUGCGCUCGGCCUGGGGCAGCAACCCCUACUUCCGGGGAUCCUAUUCAUACACACAGGUGGGCUCAAGUGGGGCAGAUGUGGAGAAGCUGGCCAAGCCCCUGCCGUACACGGAGAGCUCCAAGACAGCGCCUAUGCAGGUGCUGUUCUCAGGUGAGGCCACGCAUCGCAAGUACUAUUCCACCACCCAUGGUGCUCUGCUCUCUGGCCAGCGUGAGGCUGCCCGUCUCAUUGAGAUGUACCGAGACCUCUUCCAGCAGGGGACCUGAGUGCCUCAUUGCUGCCGAGCGUGUUCCUUAAAGAACCACUAACUCGUGACUGCCAGCCCUGCCCCUCGCUGCUGUGUACUCCUCACUUCUGAAUCCUCUGUAGAAUGGAUUUGUAUCUUUUGUAGAGCUAGACAUCUGACUGGCUUCAGACCUGGCCCUGUAGCUUCUUCUUUUCUCCUUCCUGGGUGGCGACCAGGGUGGGGUCCGUUGAUUUACCUCUGUGCUCUGAUC